UGACGACACCAGUCCAGGCUGUGGGUCCAUCAAUGCGCUCUCUCUCUAAUUAACAACGCUAUUAGCUGGACUCCCAUGCCAUCACGCUCUGCGCUCUCUCAUACCCCUCCUAGAUCCUCGCGACCCUUUCUUGUGGAGACACAUCCUGUUUUUUCUUUUUAACUAUUCAAAGAAACGAGGGGCUGGUGGUUUAAUCAGCACUUGCUUCUCCAAUCCCAAAGGCCAGAUAUCUCCAGAGAGAGAAGCACCACACCAUAGAAGGGGGCCGGAGAGAGUGAUACGGUGUGAUACCUCCCUGAGUGUCAUCUUGUGCCCUCACCCUCAGUGACAGUGAGCGGCGCUUCACUCCGUCCGUCCGGUGGCCCGCCCGACCUGCUUCCAGUUCCAGUCAUCCAGUGGAGGGAAAGCACCGAAAGGCGCGGCCUUUUUUCCUCUCGCUUUGCUUGCGCCUUCUUUUCACUUCCCUCCCUUUCCUCUCCUCACCUCCUCCCCGCUCCAUGGCCCCCGCGGCGCCGGCGGGCCUCGCCGCCGUCGUCGUCGUCGCCGUGCUCGCCGCCGCGGUGUCGGCGGCAGUCACCUACGACCGCAAGGCCGUGGUGGUGAACGGCCAGCGCCGGAUCCUGAUGUCCGGCUCCGUCCACUACCCAAGGAGCGUCCCCGAGAUGUGGCCGGAUCUGAUACAGAAGGCCAAGGACGGCGGCCUCGACGUCGUGCAGACGUACGUCUUCUGGAACGGCCAUGAGCCCUCCCGUGGACAGUACUACUUCGAGGGGCGGUAUGAUCUGGUGCACUUCAUCAAGCUGGUGAAGCAGGCCGGACUCUACGUGCACCUCCGCAUUGGCCCUUACGUCUGCGCCGAGUGGAAUUUCGGUGGCUUCCCUGUUUGGCUCAAGUAUGUCCCGGGCAUCAGCUUUAGGACCGAUAAUGAACCGUUCAAGGCUGAGAUGCAGAAAUUCACCACGAAGAUCGUUGACAUGAUGAAGUCCGAAGGGCUCUUUGAAUGGCAGGGAGGGCCAAUAAUCCUCUCCCAGAUUGAGAAUGAGUUUGGGCCCUUAGAGUGGGAUCAGGGAGAGCCCGCCAAGGCCUACGCGUCAUGGGCAGCUAACAUGGCGGUUGCACUCAACACGAGUGUUCCAUGGGUCAUGUGCAAAGAAGAUGAUGCCCCGGAUCCAAUUAUUAAUACUUGCAACGGAUUUUAUUGUGACUGGUUCUCCCCAAACAAACCUCACAAGCCUACCAUGUGGACUGAGGCUUGGACAUCUUGGUAUACAGGAUUUGGCAUUCCGGUUCCACAUAGACCAGUAGAGGAUCUAGCAUACGGUGUUGCCAAGUUUAUUCAGAAGGGUGGCUCUUUUGUUAAUUAUUACAUGUAUCAUGGAGGAACAAAUUUUGGGCGCACAGCUGGUGGUCCAUUCAUUGCAACUAGCUAUGACUAUGAUGCUCCUAUUGAUGAAUAUGGCUUGCUGAGAGAACCAAAAUGGGGUCACUUGAAGGAGUUGCAUAAAGCUAUCAAGCUUUGCGAACCAGCAUUGGUUGCAGGAGAUCCAAUUGUAACUUCACUUGGCAAUGCUCAGCAGGCAUCUGUUUUUAGAUCAAGCACUGAUGCUUGUGUGGCCUUCCUUGAGAACAAGGAUAAAGUAUCUUAUGCUAGGGUAUCAUUCAAUGGAAUGCAUUAUAAUCUACCUCCCUGGUCCAUAAGUAUUCUCCCAGACUGCAAAACAACUGUUUACAACACUGCCAGGGUUGGAAGUCAGAUUUCACAAAUGAAAAUGGAAUGGGCUGGAGGAUUCACAUGGCAAUCAUACAAUGAGGAUAUAAACUCCUUGGGUGAUGAAUCAUUUGUGACAGUAGGGUUACUGGAACAGAUAAAUGUGACAAGGGAUAACACAGACUACUUAUGGUAUACAACAUACGUUGAUGUUGCUCAGGAUGAGCAGUUUCUCAGUAAUGGGAAGAAUCCAGUGCUAACUGUUAUGUCGGCUGGUCAUGCUUUGCAUAUUUUCGUUAAUGGACAACUAACUGGAACUGUAUAUGGAAGUGUAGAUGAUCCAAAACUGACAUAUCGUGGAAAUGUGAAGCUUUGGCCAGGCAGUAACACUAUCUCAUGCUUAAGUAUAGCAGUUGGUCUCCCGAAUGUGGGAGAACAUUUUGAGACUUGGAAUGCUGGAAUUCUAGGUCCUGUGACACUCGAUGGCCUUAAUGAGGGAAGGAGAGAUCUCACGUGGCAGAAAUGGACCUAUAAGGUUGGUCUGAAAGGUGAGGAUUUGAGUCUUCAUUCACUUAGUGGUAGCUCUUCAGUAGAGUGGGGAGAACCCAUGCAGAAGCAGCCUCUGACAUGGUACAAGGCUUUCUUCAAUGCACCUGAUGGUGAUGAGCCAUUAGCUUUGGAUAUGAGUAGCAUGGGUAAAGGUCAAAUCUGGAUAAAUGGACAAGGUAUUGGAAGGUAUUGGCCUGGCUACAAAGCUUCUGGAACCUGUGGAAUCUGUGAUUACCGUGGAGAGUAUGAUGAAAAGAAGUGCCAAACCAACUGUGGUGACUCUUCUCAGAGAUGGUACCAUGUUCCUCGUUCAUGGCUUAAUCCAACGGGGAACCUUUUGGUUAUAUUUGAGGAGUGGGGUGGUGAUCCUACCGGAAUCUCGAUGGUGAAAAGAACAACAGGGAGUAUAUGUGCUGAUGUCUCUGAAUGGCAGCCAUCAAUGACGAACUGGCGUACAAAAGACUAUGAGAAAGCCAAGAUCCACCUCCAGUGUGAUCAUGGACGGAAGAUGACUGACAUAAAGUUCGCCAGCUUUGGCACACCACAGGGCUCCUGUGGGAGCUACUCUGAAGGUGGUUGCCAUGCACACAAGUCAUAUGACAUAUUUUGGAAGAACUGCAUUGGUCAAGAGCGCUGUGGGGUAAGUGUGGUUCCUAAUGUAUUUGGUGGGGAUCCAUGCCCUGGGACUAUGAAAAGAGCCGUUGUUGAGGCUAUAUGCGGUUGAGUCAUAUAAUCCAUAUAGCAUAUUGGUUUCUACAAAAAUGUUACCCGAUCAACCUGGCAAGGGGUGAAAGUCGCGGCAACUGUGACGCACGGAUUGUCAGGAGUUACGGGAAUUAGUUGUAUGUUAGAUUUAAGCAUUGAUAUCUGUAUGUAACUUAGGCUACAUAAGACUUGCAUGGAAGAAAUGGUUAGGACCCUAGCUGUGAGAAAUUGAGUGUUGUGGCUCUCUAGACACAGUAAAUUGGUCUGGCAGGGGAGUGACGCGCAGAUGAGACUCUGCUUAUACCUGAGUCCAUGUGCGCGGUGGCUUUUGGGUUGGAGAUUGCCAAAAAGCCAGCACUUGGCUUUGCAUUGUCUGAUUAUUCAUUUUUGGUCAUUGGAGGGUGCAAUGUAAAUGCGCAGGGCCCAUCAUUCAUGAUUUUUCCUAGCUAGUAAUGAAACAGUAAAGAAAAUAUUGGUUCAGAUCAUAAAUAGCAGUUGUCUUA